CUCGGCGUGCGCUCCAUGCUGGCAGCCACCGCGCUGUGCGUGUCCGCGCCAGCGAAGCCGGACACACGGUGUCGUGGGCCCACAAAGGCGCCGAGGCGCGCCGCGGCGGCGAGGGAAGGCACAAAAUGGGGCUUUCCUCGGGUCGCGCUCUCGCGGGCGGCGUUCAACCUGGUUGGCUGGCUGCGAGUGCACUGUCCUACUUUGGACGGCGUCACGGGCCCCCGCCGCCUCGGCCAGCUCCAGUCGGUUCGCUGCAGGUGCGACAUCACACACACAAUCGCUGCCAUGGACAAGGCCCAGGAAGCUGCUGCCGCCGCCGCUGGCAUGGCGCAGAUGGACUACCCGGCUAGUGAGCUGGGCUCCAUCGGCAGGGACCUCCUGCCACCCCCGGCCUACCAGCGUCCGGGCUCGGAGCGGCUGAAGGUGAGCGUGGUGCUCGCCAGCGCCCUGGUCGCCAUCAGCAUCGUCGUCGGCGUGGUCGUCGUGCUCGUGGUGCACCUGCGCGCGCAGCAGACGCACUGCGCAUGCGCGCCCCUGCCCCAAGCCGCCGCCCUCAAGGGAAGGGCCGGUGACCUGUCCUCGGCGGCCAGCGGCAGCGUCAUCUCCAAGCUGCCCAUGCCACUCAAGCUGCAGCUGGAUCCACUCGCCGGGCAACUACUGAAAAAGAACCAGCGGGCCCAGGUGAGCUGCGUGGUGGAGAAGAAGAAGGCCAGCGAGGUGAUCGCCCACGAGCCCCGCACGCUCAUGACGCCGUUCGGCAACAUGACCACCGAGCCACGCAUGGUGCACCUGACCGGCGAGCGCAUGAUCUUCUCGUGCCUGACGGGGACCCGCGACGAGCCACGCGGAGCGGGCGCCGCGUCGCGCGGACCAGCGGGCGCUGCCGCACCGGGCCAAGGCAACGGCCCAAGCCGCAUGAAGCGGGGCAUCGCCGAAGAGAAGGACUGCGCCUGCAACUGCUCCUGCUGAGCAGCGGACACCGAGGCGCUCUCCGCUGGCCAGUGCGCCGGCGGCGACCGGACCGCGGCACGACACCGCGUGACCAAUAUCCUAUCACCCCACAAUCAAAGAGAUGCAACAAACGACCGGCCCAAAGAGGCAUCUGCCCUAACCACAGACGCCACGUCUGUGAAGUACAUUUGUGUAUACGUUCCGACACCCUUGGCAAAUAAAACAAACGCGGUUGGGAAUUGGCGAA